AUGAGUUCAAAAUACUUACUCUCCUCUCUCCUCUUCUUGUUAGGUUGGAUAAUCAGUUUUCCUAUAUGCCCGACAAUUGGAGCAUCAUUAGCUAAGCCAGGGUGCAAUGAUACUUGUGGUGAUGUUCUCAUCCCCUACCCGUUCGGGCUGAGUCCUGGCUGCGCUCUUAAAAGAUCAUACAUCAUAAUUUGCAAUUCUUCCAAGCCAUAUCUAAGCAGCCUCAACCUGGAAGUGUUGAAUAUAUCGCUAUGGAACCAAACAGUCACGGUAAAUGCCCCGUUGACUAAUUUUUGCAGCUCUCAUCAAGCUCAAAGGAGCAGCACCAGUUGGAUUAGCUCCGAUCUUGUGGGAACCCCUUUCUUGUACGCACAAAAGUACAACAAACUGGUGCUUUUUGGGUGUGGAAAUGCCGUACUAAACCAAGAAGAAAACAAGAUUUUGUGCGGGUGUACGUCGACAUGUGAACUCAACAGUUCUGAUCAAACAACUAGAGCUACAAGUUGUUACGGGGUUAAUAGUUGCGAAUCAACAAUUCCUUUCUAUCUCACCAAAUACAACCUGAAUUUCAGGGACUCAACAGUUAACCGCUCAGGGUACUGCCCAUCUAUGUUCUUGGUAGAUAAAAACUGGUUACCGGAGAAAUUUUCAGAAUUUUUGCAACUUAUUCCGGUUGUUUUGGCCUGGACACUAUCACAAGCCGAUGCGACAGCGGCUUGUGAUUGUUUCCCCUUCAGUGACCGUCUCUACCUGAAUUCCGAGGCAUACGUCCAAUCUUUUGCUUGUCCAGUUUGCGGAUUUGGCAUGUAUUUCCCUGAUACUAACCCAUAUCUAUCACCACAAUGCGUAAGGCCAGGUACGAUCGAGUGA